GUCACGGCGUCCUCGGGCACCGCAGACGAAGCUUCACGAAGGGUCAGAUCAGGACAUUUCAGCCGAAAACAUGGUUUUUGAGGAGAAAAUGAUUUUGAACGGCGACCCAGAAGAGGAAGAAGAGGAGGAGGAGGAAGAGGAAGACAUGGUGGAUCCCUUAGAGACUAUCAGGCAGAAAUGUGAGGAGACAGAGCACUGCGUCCACACGCGUGAACGCUUGGAAGCGUGUGAGACAAGGGUGGGCUCACGCUCAGAAUCCACUGAGGACUGUACUGAAGAGCUCUUUGACUUUCUGCAUGCUCGAGACCACUGUGUGGCCCACAAAGUGUUUCAUUCAGUCAAAUGAAGUCCAUCCAAUUCUCUACACCUCUACCAGAUAUCCUUGUGAUAAUACAACAUAAAAACAAGUUCAAAGACAACUGUUGUUCUGCAAAAUGUUGUUCGUUGACUGAAUUGUGUCUUCUGUAACUGUUGUGGAUCGUUCAUGUAAAUUGUGAAUAAAGUGACAUUUUGAAUGAUGUCCAAACUGU